AUGUGGCUGAAUCUGAUGUUGUCCUGGAUCUUCUCACUUGGCAUCUCCAGGUCAGGAGCGAACAGCCCGAGGCCUGGCCCUGGCAGCAGAGUCCCUACUCCGCAGCCCAGCUGUGGCAUGCUAAGCCUGCACCCCGCAGUGGCCUGCCUCGGCACCCCAUUGACGGCCUCCUGCACCCUCAACCCCAGCUGCCUGCAGAUCGGCCAUGCCCGCCCGGGCGAUAUUGUCUGGAGAUUGAAUGGAGAGACUAGGCAGCUGCCACUGAAGCAGAGCAUUGCGGGAAACGGCACAGUCACCGUGGUCACCAUUCUCCAGGCAGAGCGGCCCCGUGGGGAGCUGAGCUGUUACCUGCCUCACCGGAGCAGUCUGCACCUGCUGGGUCUGGCCGAGUACCAGGCUGGAGUGCCGCCAGGAGAUCUGCAGGUGGAACAUUGCGUCAGCUUCUGGGGGGGGAACAUCACCUGCUACUGGGACCCUGGGCCGGAGACCUACCUUCCAACCACAUACACCCUCCACGUCACUGAAGAAGCAGGGCGCUGCCUCUGGAAGUUCAGAGACGCCGGGACGUGCAUCUCCAGCCGAGAGAGCCGUUCCUGCACCAUCCCUGUGGAGAACCUCUUUGCCUCUUUCCAAGUGAGGCUAACUGCCGUGAAUCUGCUGGGCCGGGCCAGCGCCGCAGACAAGUGCGUGCAUGGAAUGAGCAUUGUGAAGCUGAGCCCGCCCGAGGUCAGCGCCAUGGCGGACAGGAGCGACUGCUUCCGCGUGGCGUGGCGGCAGCCCAACGAGGAGCUGCUGCGUGUGACGGACGCGCGGUAUGAGAUCCGGUACCGCGACGUGGAUGGGGCAUCCUGGACGAAGGUGGAUGUCACAGCCGCAGAGGACGCGCCCGCAUCAAAGGACGUCUGUGGCGUCUCGCCGUUCACCAGCUACUCUAUCCAGGUGCGAGCGCUGUACCGGAGCGACGCCUUCCCCUGGAGCGACGGGGGUCCCUCCUGGAGCGCCUGGAGCCACGAGCGAUUUGUGAGGACUCUGCCCGCGGCCCCGUCCAGAGGGCCGGCUCUUUGGAGGAGAAUAGCCACGCCCGACUCUGAUGGGAGGAGUGAGAUCAUUCUGAUGUGGAAGCCCCUGCAGCCAAAGGAAGCCAACGGCAGGAUCCUGACCUACAGUCUCCGCUGGCAGCGAAGGGGGCAGCCGGCUGUCCUGCUGGCAUGCCUCACCCGCUCCCUGCAGUGUGCUCUGGAGCUGCCGGCCUCCGAGGAACACACCUUCUUCCUCACCGCCAGCAAUUCCGUGGGCGAGUCCCCCGCUAGCAAGCUGUUGAUCCCGGCGGUGCAGGCCCAAGCAGCACAGGGUCUGGGGGGAGAGAGGCAAACUGUCCUUCCCCCACGGCAACGUGGGCACCCGAAGCCCAGCCCUGGGCGUGCCUCCCUCUCCACUAUCCCCGGGCUCCUUUCAAUGCCGCCGCUGCUGCCACUCCUGGUCUCUCCGGCGAGCGACCGCAGCCUCCUCCUGCAGUGGGAUCCCCCUGGCUUCGCUGCAGCAGCCUAUGUCUUCGAGUGGGGCCGGGCAUCUGAGAACCGGGGGCAGAACAGCAGCUGGCGCUACGAGCCGGGGAACAUCAGCAGGGCGGUCCUGGCAGAGGCAAUUGAGCCGGGGUAUCUCUACAGCCUGACACUCUUUGCCCUGAGCGACGGAGCCGCCCGGGCUGCAGGCUCUACAAGCGCUUACUCCAAGCAGAUCGCUCCAUUCCGUGCCCCAACUCUGCAUCCCACCCGGGUCUGGCCAUCCCAGGUGGAGGUGCAGUGGGAGGAGAUCCCAUUGGAGGAGCAAGGCGGCUUCAUCCGGAACUACACCAUCUCCUACGAGGAGCAGGGAAAAGCCGCCCAGGCCGUGGUGGUGAACGGCUCCGUCCGUCGCUAUCUCAUCGCGGGCCUGGCUCCUGACUCCGUGGUGAGGGUGGGCAUCUCCAUCAGCAACGAUGGGGGAAGCACGCAGGGCUCUGUCCUCUCCAUCAGAACCAGAAGCCUUGACGAUGGGAAGGUCGAACUGUUGCUGUCCUCCCUGUGCGUGGGGCUAGUCGUCCUGCUCAUCACGGCCGCUCUGGCCUGCGUCCUCAAGCACCCCCUAAUACAGGGCUGCCUGUGGCCGCAAGUCCCUGACCCUGCUAAAAGCCACCUGGCCAGCUGGCUGCCACAGAAAAUGUGGCUGGACUUGGGGAACUUCCCAGUGGAGCAGAGCAAGGAGCAGAGAGCGGGGUAUCCCGACUUCCUGUUCCGGGGGGUCUCGGGAAUCAUCUGUGGCCAGCAGGAGGAGAUGAUGAUGUGCAAGUCCUUCCUGGAAAGCACCUGGGCAGCAGAGGCCUUUGGCGCUGGAGAUAAAUACAGGCAGCCUCUCCAGACCAUCUUCCUCCGGGGAGAUGUGACCACCCCAGACCAUUCCCAGGCAAGACGCCAAAGCAAGGUGGAAUAUUCCACAGUGAUCGUCUGGGCAUAUCCCGGUGAUGCGCCACCAAGCUCUACUGCUCCCUGGCCCCAACCUACCCCUCAGAGCCCAGAGAGCUCUGGUCCCAGCCGGGAGCCUGGCUGGAGGAUCUGCUUCCAAAGCCCAUCCUGUGAGCCCCUGGAUGGGUCAUGCUGGCGAUGCAGCCAACAGCUGGAUGGAGGGCCCGCUUCCUUGGGGGCAUUUCCGCUCCUGAGAACCCUGGUUGUGGAGGGAUCUGGAGACCUUCAGCCUAACAGAGAUCACCCUGCGGGCGCGCUCAGCUCAGUGACGCCCUAA